AACCGUGUUAUGAAAUUUGUAGGAAUGAUAUAAACCUCUCUCGAAACACCUACGGAUGUGGAUUUUAGAGUCACAAAUACUCCAGGUGGAUAUUUAUCAAUAUUACUAGGCUGGGUUCAAAUAGAGGACGAGAAAAUCAAUUAUGAAAACCAGUUCCAACUUCCAAGUGCAUUUUCUCAGUCUAGCCUAUAUAUUUACCUACUUAGGGACUUUAUAAAUCACAAUUUUGUUGCUAAAAUAUUUAAAAAUCGUAAUAAGAAUUUGACUUCAUGGAAAGAUGGACAAAAGGAAAUAUAAAAGAUGUCUCAUAAUUCCAGAAUACCAAUAAAGAUGAUGUACUAAGGAACAUGGACAAAUGGACAACUGAAAAGGGAAGCAAUGGCAGAAAUGGAAAUUCGGGAAAGAUAGAGGGUAUUCUUGUUAACACCAGGUAAGAGUUAGUUACUGUGCAGAGCUAGCCAGCUUCACUGACAAGUAACAAACUUACACUUCCACUAUCAAUAUCAUUCCAUUCCCGUUUCUUCCUUUCAAAGCUCUCAAAAAAAAUCCUCUGCAACUUUCAGAUUUCCAAUGGAUUUUACAAGAAAAUUAAGUUUUCUGGUGUUUCUACUAUGCGUUAUCAUCUCUAUGCAGAACCAAGAUGUUGAUAUCAAUGAUCAAAAGUUCGAAUUCUCUUCGCGUACUGAUCAAAAAUAUAAAUAUUGCUCUUUGUCCUAUGAUGAUGAUGAUGAUUGUCCGUACUCAUUCUUCGAUGAUCACUCGUUUCCGCCUCUUCCAAUGUUCGCUACCACUUCUGUAGAGAGGAGGAAGCUCAAACAACAACAAACGGCUUCUGUUGUUGGUUCACUAAGAUAUGAUUACUAUCAACAAACUUGUCCUCAAGCUGAACGAAUCAUCCGAUCAAGUGUUCGUGAUCUUUUCAGAAAGCAACCACGGAUUGCUCCUGCAUUAAUGAGGCUUGCUUUUCAUGACUGCUUUGUUGAGGGGUGUGAUGCUUCAGUUUUACUGGAUUCUGCUGACGGAAUUCAUAGCGAGAAAGAAUCCCCUCCCAACGAAUCAUUGAAAGGAUACGACGUAAUAGAUAUUAUCAAGUCAGAGCUUGAAGAAGCUUGUCCAGGAGUUGUUUCUUGCGCUGAUGCUGUUGUUUUGGCUGCUAGAGAAAGUAUUGUUCUGGCUGGUGGCCCUUUCUACCCACUGAAAACGGGGAGGAGAGACAGCAUGACUUCUUUCGCGGAAGAUGCAACUUUCGAGCUUCCUAGUCCUCAGGAUGAUCUAGCCAAGAUCAUUGAGUCAUUCUCAGCCAAAGGUUUCGAUGAAAGGGAGGCAGUAACCCUCUUAGGAGCUCACAGCACUGGUGUGGUCCAUUGCAAAUUUUUCAUCAACAGGCUCUACAAUUUCAGUGGGACUAAAACCUCCGACCCUUCUAUUAACUCGAAAUUUCUGAGUUUCUUGAAGUCAAAAUGCAACAAUAGUGCAGCCUCUUUGAUGUCAUCAGCAUCAAAAUCACGACCGCCUUCCCAGCUAAUUUCAGCAUCACCUUCACCAUCAUCUGUUGUGGUUCAAUUAUCAUCCACCCUGGUGGAGGAGCCAGCAAUCAAGAUGGACUAUGAGGGACCAGGAGAAAGUUUUGGUACACUGUAUUACCGCAGUCUUCUACAAGGCAGGGGAAUACUCUUUGUGGAUCAGCAGCUGACAGCAGGGGAAGAAACUAAAACCUGGGUCCAAGCUUAUGCUUCAGAUGUGUCUUUGUUUCACAAGGAUUUUGGUUCGGCAAUGAUGAAGCUUUCCAACUUGGGAGUCCUGACUGCACCAAUGGGACAGAUCCGCAGAGAUUGCCGGAAAGUUUACUGA